AUGGUCCAACCCUUACUACACCUUCUCCUGCCCGCUGCGGCUCUACUGCUCUUCCCCUCCUCAACUAGCGCCAGCUAUGGCUUUUACGUCGGCAAGCACCUCUCCCCCACCAAUGCCACUCUCCUCGGUGGUACUGGCGAGGAGGUCUCUUCCCACUGGCUGCAGAUCUUUCCUGCCGCCGACUAUCCGCCCAACAGCACGCUCACCGUUGGUGUCACUCCGGAUGCCACCCUUCCCGGUAACCUCAUCAAUAUCACCCAGGUCCCGCACACCUUCCGCUAUAUGUCCAUGGAAUACUCUGAUUAUGAAGGCUUUCCCGCACCGCUGACCAACGGUGGCGUGAACGAGAAUGGCGUGGGUGUGCGCGACAUCUGGGCUACCAAUCGAGACGAGCUUUACUACAUGACUCCCGACCCCCAAACAGGGAUCCAGUACAGCGAUUUGGCCCGGCUGGUUCUGGAGCGUGCGAGUACGGCCCGUGAAGGCGUCGAGGUCAUUGGCCAGCUCAUUGCCGAGUACGGCUACGCCACCUAUGGCGGUAACAGCCAUCUGAUCGCGGACAAGGACGAGGGUUGGGUCGUUUGGGAGUUCGCAGGGGGCGAGAAGCUAUGGGCUGCGGAGCGUCUGGGACCAGACGAAGUGCGUGUCUCGUACCCGGGAUACAUUGAGGAAUUCCCUGUCGACUUCGAGAACUCAACAGACUACAUGGGAAGCCCAAACAUCGUGUCUUUUGCCGUGGACCAGGGUUGGUGGAGCCCCAACGGGACGGAACCUUUCAACAUCUUCAAGGUCUACGGCCCCCAGGGCGAAAACUACACGGCGCGCGACGGCGGCUUCAAGUACAUGUCGCAGGCAGCCCUCGAGAACGCAACCUUGGCCAUGGUCCCCGUCACCGAAGAGGCUCUCAUGGAGCGUGUCCGCGACCCACGCAUCGCCGACGACGAGUCCGGCUAUGGGCAAGUCCUAAGCCUGCACGAUUUUCCCGAGUCCGACCUGAUCCGCAUCUGGAUCGCGCCGACCGGCAGCGUCACCGCGCCCUUCAACCCCUGGUGGCUCGGCGUCCAGAGCGUGCCCCCGGAGUACAGCGAGCACCGCUACCUCACCAAGGACGCAGCCAGCACGUUCCUCAACCCGGACUACCAGCUGCAGGAAGCGAGCGAGUUCGCCGGCCGGCUCUUCAAGCGCCUGCUCUACUACACCUGCUCCAACCCGGCCACCCUCCUCCCCGUCAUCACCGACAUGCUGGAGGGCUUCGAGAACCAGUCCCGCAGCGACAUCGACUGGGUAGAGGAGAGCGCGCAAUUGCUUAUUGAGAACGGACAACGCGAGGCCGCGCAGCGCCUGCUGACGCACCACUCGCACACCCGUGCGCAGCAGGCGCUGGAGCUCGGCGAGAGGAUGGUGGGUGCGCUCGACGCCUACGUCAAGGUCACGGGGCAGUGGAGGGCGCCGAACGGGACGCAGAUCAAUGAUGCGGGCGAGGGAGCUGAGACGGUCAACUGCCUUGUCGGCCUCGAUCCUGAUCAGCCAGGCGGCGUGCCUCUGUCCCUGAAGAAGCGUGGGAAUAUGGAUCAACGCGAUCGGUGGUCUGGUGAGCUCAGACGAUGA